AUGGAAAAGGUAGUAUACAACGUAUUAAUGUUUAGUGAAGAUAAGGAUGACCUGACAAAUAUUUAUUACGGAAAAGUCCUUCUGCCAUAUGUAAGGCAUUAUCAUCUAGAAAACGUAUGGCAGGAAUUUAUAAAUCGCCCUCCUAAACACCAGUUACUGGAAGAGAUGAUAACUUUUAUCAUACAAUGGUUUCAUCCGGAGAAAAAUGUCUCUUGCUCGCAUAUAGAUAUAGACCUGGAUAAUAUCGCACAACAGGUGAUGAAGCGCCUUAAAGUUGAGAAUCCCAAGCAUCCAAUAUUCUCGGCAUCUCGUGAACAAUUCUCGAUUUGGAAAUACAAUAAUAUCUAUGAAAAUCAAUGGAACAACAGCGAUGGAAGACAGAUUAUAAAUAUUCUUUUCAACAUACUCUUAUACAAACCAACUUUCGAGGCAGUUGUACAUUCUUUAAAAUCAGAUCUCUUUCGACAAUACCUAUUAAUGGAAGAUAUCAUGAAUAGUGUAUCGCUGACAAUCAUAUUCCAGAGUGUAGCAAGAAGACUUGGUAUAUAUUGUGAUUUAGUAUCUUUUCUUAUAUCUGAUCCUGAUUAUGAUAUUCUGUUUAUGAAAGGCGGCAAAGACGAACCAUAUUAUUGGUUAUUAAAAUGGAAGCCAAAAUGUUUACCCAGUCAGCCAAAUCUGCGCGUACAGAUUUUUGCCAAUGUCUGUUCGGCAGAAUAUGUGAGCAGAGAGGCCACAGAUUGGGUACAAAAUCCACCCAGUAAGCACACUCUACUGAUAAGUUUGUCAAAAAGUUAUAUGAUGGCAAUGGAAGAUACGGAUUAUAAUUAUUAUCAUGGAAGAAAUUGUAAUAAUUUCGGACGAAUGUUCGAAGAAGGUCGUUGGUGGAUAAGGUUUCUACAUCUGGUGAAAGAAGACUUGUCGACAUCACUGUCUGUUUAUAUGAGAGAACAAGAAGAUGGAUUUAAGCUCGUAGAUGGAUUGGUAUGA